UUGGGCUUCGCGCGGCCCAGUUCCUUUUUUUCUGGAGUUGGGGCGGUUUGGCUAAGGCGAGGCUUUGGAAAAGAUCUGCUGUGAGCGUGGUGCUCUGACGACCAUCCACCGACCUCGCCAUCCGGGUGCCUUCCCCCAGCCCCUGCCAGGUGAACAGGACGUGGAGAGGGGGAAGGACUUAGUUCCAGAAGGUUUAUUUGGUUUUUCUGCUUAUUAGUAAUCCCCUGGGCUGCAGCGUGCCUCCACCACAAAAGGGACACAGUUCUCCUCUGGGCUGCCAUAGGGACACUGUUCUUUGAAGCCAACAUCCUCACCAUACCCAUCUUCCUCUAGCACCACAGACCUGUAACGUGUCUUUGGAAUCACGGAAUAGUGCGGUCAUGCAUGUUUCCCCAUAAGACUUAACAAGAUGGAUGGUGCCAUUUCCUCCCAUGAGGGUCUACUUCCUGAGGACCUAGUUUGUAGUCAUGAAGAAGAGACAGAGGCUGACAGCACAGUGGCAAACAGCUCAAGAAAUCAGGAUUCCGUGAACUCUGUGGAUGUGCCUGUGGACGUGCCUGUGGACAUCACCCAAGAGGACACAGCUCAGAGGAACCUCUGCAGUGAUGCAAUAGCAAAGAACCACCAGAACCUGGCCACAAUAGGAUGCCAGAUGCUCAUCAAGCCCAGAACUGUGUCCUUCAAGGGAGAGAAAUUGAUGGUGCAGAGUGGAGGCCCCCAAGAGUUGGAAACAGAACUACAAACCAAAGAUUUAGCACUUCAGCCAGAUUUUUUUACCGGCCAUAACUAUAGGGGUACACAAAGGGGCUCAGUGACCUUUGAGGAUGUGGCUGUGGACUUUACCCCAGAGGAGUGGACAUCUCUGGACCCGACGCAGAGGAGCCUGUACAGAGAUGUGAUGCUGGAGAACUACCGGAAUCUGGCCACAGUGGGAGGUCAGCUGUUCAAACCCAGCCUGAUCUCUUGGUUGGAGGACAAAGUGGAGUUGACAGUAGUGGAGCGAUGCAUUCUCCAAGAAUGGGAAAUGCAUCUUAAAACCAAAGGGACAGCAGUUGAGCGGGAUAUUUUUUGGUCCAGUGCAUCAAAUAGGAUACUACUGCAGGUAGGAAGCCAGGAGCUCUGUGACUCAAAGCAAGCUGGAAAAGUCUUGGGUGAACACUCAGACCUUCACAUACACACAAGUAGUGCAAAUACAGAGCACACUUCAGAGUGUGAUCGGUGUGGGAAAGCCUUUCCCCCACUUGAAGAGACAUCUACUGAAGAGAAAAGUUCUCUGGCAAACCAGGGUGUAAACAGGGCCAUGCUUGCUCAGGAUAAAUCCUUUGAGUGCAGCGACUAUGGGGAGGCCUUUGGUGACCCGUCACGCCAUGAGGCCCAUAGGAAAAGUCAUGAAGGAGAAAAUGUCUACAAAUCAGAGGAAUGUGGGCAAGCUUUAACUCGCCCCACAAGCCGGGAUGGGUGUGUUCAAACGCCCACAGGAAAGAAAUACUAUGAAUGUAAGAAAUGCAACAAGUUUUUCAUGCAUCCCAUAUACCUGAAUAUCCAUAUGCAAAGCCACCCCAUGGAGAAACCCUAUGAUUGUAAGGAGUGUGGGAAAGCCUUCACAGAGCGCUCGGGCCUCAUUGUCCACCUACGGCAACACACCCGUGAGAAGUCCUACGAGUGCAAAGAGUGUGGCAAAGCCUUCAUUCAGCCCUCGCGCCUCACUGAGCACAUGAGAAGCCACACGGGGGAGAAGCCCUUUCAGUGUGAGCAGUGUGGGAAUGCCUUUGCAUCCUCCUCGUACCUCACUACCCAUUUGCGCACGCACACGGGAGAAAAGCCCUUUGAGUGUCACGUGUGCGGGAAGGCUUUCACGCGUUCCUCCUACUUGCUGGGGCACAUUCGAACUCACACCGGAGAAAAGCCGUACGAGUGUAAAGUGUGUGGGAAGGCAUUCAGUGGGCGCUCGUGGCUCACCAUCCACUUGCGCAAGCACACGGGAGAGAGGCCCUACCCUUGCCCUGAGUGCGACAAAGCCUUCACCAGCUUUGCCCAGCUUACAGAGCACAUUAAGACUCACACGGGUGAGAAGCCCUUCCGCUGUAAGGUGUGUGCGAGGACCUUCCGCAAUUCCUCCUGCCUUAAGACCCACUUUCGGAUCCAUACCGGGAUUAAGCCGUACAAGUGCACUUACUGUGGGAAGGACUUCACAGCACGCUCAGGCCUCACCAAGCAUGUCCUCAUUCACAAUGGUGAGAAGCCCUAUGAGUGCAAGGAGUGUGGCAAGGCCUUUGGUACAUCCUCAGGCCUUGUGGAGCACAUCCGGAUCCACACCGGUGAAAAGCCCUUCGAGUGUUACCAGUGUGGGAAGGCCUUGGCUCACUCAUCGUCUCUGGUGGCCCACUUGCGGACCCACACUGGGGAGAAGCCCUUCGAGUGCACCCUGUGUGAGAAAACCUUCACGCGCUCAUCCUACCUGCGCAUCCACAUGCGCACUCACACGGGGGAGAAACCCUAUGAGUGCAAGGAGUGCGGGAAAACCUUCCCUGAGCGCUCGUGCCUUACCAAGCACAUCAGGACACACACUGGUGAGAGGCCCUACGAAUGUAAGGAGUGUGGGAAGGGCUUCACCAGCUUUGCCCAGCUCACAGUGCACAUCAAAACCCACAGCAAUGAGAGGCCCUUUCAGUGUAAGGUGUGCACCAAAUCCUUCCGCAAUGCCUCAUCCCUGGAGACCCACUUUAGAAUUCACACUGGAGUCAAACCCUACAAAUGUAGUUACUGUGGGAAAGCCUUCACGGCUCGCUCUGGCCUUACAAUCCACUUACGGAAUCACACGGGGGAGAAGUCUUAUGCAUGCCAGGAGUGUGGCAAAGCCUUCACCACAUCCUCCGGCCUCAUCGCACACAUCCGGAGUCAUAAGGGAGAGAAGCCCUUUGAGUGUGACCACUGCGGGAAGGCCUUCGCCUCCUCCUCCUAUCUCAAUGUGCAUUUGAAGAUCCACACUGGGGAGAAACCCUUCCAGUGCACGGUGUGUGGGAAGACGUUUACGUGCUCCUCGUACCUGCCUGUCCACAUGCGCACACACACUGGUGAGAAGCCCUUCCAGUGCAUGAUAUGUGGCAAGUCGUUCCUGUGGUCCUCCUACCUGCGCGUGCACAUGCGUAUCCACACUGGAGAGAAGCCCUAUGUGUGUCAGUACUGUGGAAAAGCCUUUACCGAGCACUCAGGCCUUAAUAAGCAUGUGCGAAAACAUACCGGAGAGAAACCCUAUGACUAUAAGGACUGUGAGCCAGCCUUCACUGAUCCUGCUGCAAAUGAACAGGAAAAUCCCUCCUGGAGAGAAGAAGUUCUUUGAAUGGAAGGACUUUCUCCCAGAAGCCAUCCACUCUUCCUUUGUAAUUGAGAUUGAACUGACAGUCUUAAAAACUCUUAGGUCUCUUAGCAAUAUAUAUAAAAUCAUUCACUUGUUGCUUUUUGCUUCAAAAACAUGAAAACUG